CCUCGCAGCAAAAGGGCGUCGGGACGGAGCAGCCGCUGGUGGACGCGGAGGGGUUUCCCCGCGCCGACAUCGACCUCUACCAAGUGCGCAGCGCCCGGCACAACAUCAGCUGUUUGCAGAACGAUCACAAGGCCCUGAUGAAGCAGGUGGAGGAAGCUCUUCACCAGUUGCACGCCCGGGAGAAGGAGAAGCACGCCAAGGAUGAGGCGGAGGCGUUGGCCGAGGCCAUGCGCCAGACCCAGAGCCUGCCACCGGCGUUUGCCAAGGUGAACGCCGUGACUCCAGGAUCUCCCGCAAGCGUCUCGGGGCUGCAGGUCGAUGAUGAGAUUGUGGAGUUUGGUUCGGUCAACGUCAACAACUUCCAGACCCUGCAGAACAUCGCCACAGUGGUGCAGCACAGCGAAGGGAGGCCACUGAGUGUGACUGUGAUCCGCAGCGGCAAAAAAGUGCACGUGGGGCUGACUCCGAAGCGCUGGGCUGGGAAGGGUCUCCUGGGCUGCAAUAUCAUUCCCUUGCAAAGAUGA